GCGGCGCGGCCAAUGGCGGGCGCGGGCCGGGGCGGGGCGGGCCGGGGCCUGCGCGGGGCCUGGCGCGAGGGGCGCGGCCCCGGCGGCAGAGACAGCGCGGCUGCGGACCGGGACGCGCCAUGUGCGGCAUCUUUGCUUACCUGAACUACCAUGUUCCCCGGACAAGACGGGAGAUCCUGGAGACCCUCAUCAAGGGGCUGCAGCGCCUGGAGUACCGGGGCUAUGACUCUGCAGGUGUGGGACUGGACGGCGGAAAUGACAAGGACUGGGAAGCCAAUGCUUGCAAAAUCCACAUUAUCAAGCAGACGGGGAAAGUAAAGGCUCUGGAUGAAGAGGUUCACAAGCAACAGGACAUGGACCUGGACAUCGAGUUUGACGUUCACCUGGGGAUCGCCCACACGCGCUGGGCCACGCACGGGGAGCCCAACCCUGUCAACACCCACCCGCAGCGCUCCGACAAGAACAAUGAGUUCAUAGUCAUCCACAACGGCAUCAUCACCAACUACAAGGACCUGCAGAAAUUCCUGGAGAGCAAGGGCUACGACUUCGAGUCAGAGACGGACACAGAGAGCAUUGUCAAGCUGGUCAAGUACAUGUACGACAACCGUGACAGCGACGACAUCAGCUUCUCCACGCUGGUGGAGAGGGUCAUCCAGCAGCUGGAAGGUGCUUUUGCCCUUGUGUUCAAGAGUGUUCAUUACCCUGGGCAGGCAGUUGGUACCAGGCGAGGCAGCCCCCUGCUCAUCGGCGUGCGCAGCGAGCACAAGCUCUCCACCGACCACAUCCCCAUCCUGUACCGCACAGCUGUACAAUCUAUGGAUCAUUCUUUUGAUGGAAUAUCCAUAAAAAUGGAGGAAGGGAAAGACAAGAAGGGAAGCUGCAACCUGUCUCGAGUGGACAGUACCACCUGCCUCUUCCCUGUGGAGGAGAAAGCUGUGGAAUAUUACUUUGCUUCUGAUGCCAGCGCCGUCAUCGAGCACACCAACCGCGUGAUCUUCCUGGAGGAUGACGACGUGGCGGCCGUGGUGGACGGCCGUCUGUCCAUCCACCGCGUCAAGCGCACGGCUGGCGACCACCCGGGCCGGGCCGUGCAGACCCUGCAGAUGGAGCUGCAGCAGAUCAUGAAGGGUAACUUCAGCUCAUUCAUGCAGAAGGAAAUAUUUGAACAGCCAGAAUCUGUUGUUAAUACGAUGAGAGGAAGGGUCAACUUUGAUGACUACACUGUGAACCUGGGUGGGCUGAAGGACCACAUCAAGGAGAUCCAAAGGUGUCGGCGUUUGAUCCUCAUCGCCUGUGGCACGAGUUACCACGCAGGAGUGGCAACCCGCCAGGUGCUGGAAGAGCUGACUGAGUUACCUGUCAUGGUGGAGCUGGCCAGUGACUUCCUGGACAGGAACACCCCUGUGUUCAGGGAUGAUGUCUGCUUCUUCCUCAGCCAGUCAGGGGAGACAGCAGACACUCUGAUGUGCCUUCGGUACUGCAAGGAGAGGGGAGCCCUGACCGUGGGCAUCACCAACACCGUGGGCAGCUCCAUCUCCCGCGAGACCGACUGUGGGGUGCACAUCAACGCGGGCCCCGAGAUCGGUGUGGCCAGCACCAAGGCCUACACCAGCCAGUUUGUGUCCCUGGUGAUGUUUGCCCUGAUGAUGUGCGAUGACAGGAUCUCCAUGCAGGAGCGGCGCAAGGAGAUCAUGCGGGGGCUGAAGGGGCUGCCAGACUUGAUUAAAGAAGUGCUGAGCAUGGAUGAUGAGAUCCAGAGGCUGGCCACAGAGCUGUACCAUCAGAAGUCUGUCCUCAUCAUGGGACGUGGCUACCACUAUGCCACAUGUCUGGAGGGAGCCUUGAAAAUUAAAGAAAUCACCUACAUGCACUCGGAAGGGAUCCUGGCUGGGGAGCUGAAGCAUGGCCCCCUGGCCCUGGUGGACAAGCUGAUGCCUGUGAUCAUGAUCAUCAUGAGAGACCACACCUAUGCCAAGUGCCAGAACGCUCUCCAGCAGGUCAUUGCACGGCAGGGCCGACCUGUGGUGAUUUGUGACAAGGAGGACAUUGAGACCAUCAAGAACAACAAAAGAACAAUCAAAGUUCCCCACUCAGUGGACUGUCUGCAGGGGAUCCUGAGCGUGAUCCCCCUCCAGCUGCUGGCCUUCCACCUGGCUGUGCUCAGGGGCUACGAUGUUGAUUUUCCAAGAAAUCUGGCCAAGUCCGUAACUGUAGAGUGAAAGAUCAUCUGAAUCAUAGGGGCAAAGGGGAAUUAAAUGAAAGACUUUUUUUGGUACCAAAAUAACUCGAUUUUAAAGCCCCCUAGGUAAAUCUUAUUUUGGUAAAUCUUUGUUUGUGUAUAAGAUCACCAUAAUUCCAUUACAUUAGUGAUUGUCCAGUUGAUUCCACAUACUAUGUCAAUGGCUCUGGGUUUUUUUGAUCAAUAGACUUCCGUGAAAGAUGUUAAAUGGUUUUCCUUAAAGAUUGUUGAGUCUUCUAGGUAAGGGGCCCUCCACUUUACUCUGAGCUGAUAUCAUUGUCUCUUACCCAAUGUGGCUCAUUCCAGUCACUGAUGAGAAACCUCUGAAGGAAUUAAUCAAUGCCCUGUCAUGCUCUCAGGCAGUGAAGCAGGACACCAGAACACACAACUGGAACAAGAGCUGGUACUGGUCACGCUUGUGCAGAUAUUUUACCAGUGAAGGAAACUGCAGGCAAGCCUUUGGGGUGAAUUCCUGCCUCAGGUGCAAAAGGGAAUUCAGCUGAGCUGUCACAGCCUCCUUGCUCCUGGGCACGUGGUGAAUGUGCCAAAAGGAGAUAACACUGCUCCAGAGGGUUUUAUCUAUGCCAAAAACAUAGCAGGUGACAAUCUUGUAGCCACGGUGGCCAUGGCACCCUGUGACCCCAGCAUGGCCAGUGGGACUGGGAGCUCUGGCUGACCAGUGGGGUGAGGGCAAGGAAGAGUGACCAGUUCUUGCUCUGAGCUGGUGCCUGUUGGUGCUGGUGGCUGUUUGGGGUUUUUAAAACAAGUGGAAGUUUUCCUGUGCUGAGGAUUUUCCUCUCAAACUGAGGGGCACUGGGGCACUGUGUAGCACACCUGGGUGACCCAGCGGUGUGACACACCUGGGUGACCCAGCAGUGUGACACACCUGGGUGACCCAGCAGUGUGACACACCUGGGUGACCCAGCUGUGUGACACACCUGAGUGACCCAGCUGUGUGACACACCUGAAGGGGAUAAAAAGGCUCCAUAAACAUGACAGGAAUAAAUACCUGGGUAAUUUUUCUGUAACAAGCUUGAAGAGAAUCAAAAAUUACACAGAAAAUACAUCUUCAGGACUCAAAACCUGACUUUUUCAGAGUCAUCAAAGGGCAGUUAUGUAUUUCCUAAUGUGAAAAGGUGAAUUUCCUUCCAUCUUGCUGGGUUUUUAAUUAGCUUUACACAGGCACUGUAGAACCAUGCCACAAGGUAUAAAAUGGUGCUGGUGAAUAUUCCAGGUCAUUUACUGCCCAUGAAGAAGGACUUUAGCAAAUGCAGUGCCUGGGGACUGCCCAGUGCCCUGCCAAGCCCAGUUCCCCUGGCACAGGGUGACAGUGCUGAGCAGCCACAACCCAGGCUGGUUGCCCUGAGCAAGGUAUUCCCAAAGACUCUGUGGCAAUUCUGCUUUGUAUAAACCCACAGGGACUAUGUCACUUCAAUUCAGUGUCAGCUCAAGGCUCAGUUUCAUUAUGAGAAUGAAAUGCUGCAUGCCUGGAAACAGCUUCUCAAAGCCAGAGUAUGUGUUUAUUAAUCUGUUGUAUUCAGACUAUUAAUUUAUGAACACAUCGUGCUGCCAGUGUCUGUUUAAGAACAAAGCAGUAAAUGCUGCAUUUUAGUUCAGCAAAUGCUGUGUGUGAGGCACUGCCUUGUGAACCUGUGCCUCUGCCUAAACAUAACCUGCAGCCCUCCCUGCUUCAUUGGAGGAUGGUAAUUGUCCUUAAGGAAAAAACAAGGCAGGUGCAAUGCUCAGGGGUGGGAGACAGCUCCUCCUCCUCCUUCUCCUUCUCCUCCUCCUCCUCCUCCUCCCACCAGCUUGCUUAAGAGAACCUGUGCAGGGCUGGAUCCAGGCCUGGCUGUGGAUCCCCCUGGCACAGGGAUGUGCAGUGUCCCAUGCUUUGUUCUCAGAACGGGAUCUCACAUGAAACAGCCCCACAAGGGAAUUAUUUAAGGUGCUUUUUCUCUGCCUGCAGCCAGCAUUGCUUUUACCCUGCCUUGCACAGAGGGCUCCCCGUGGGCAGGGGGGCAGACACCCCUGUGAACACAAGCUGCUGUUCAGUAGAAGUUUUUUAGUGCAAGCUGUUACACGUUUGUGAAAGUUGUGUACAAAGAGGACCAAAGAACAGGAGUCUGAGUUAGAAAUGUCCAGUCUGACAGUGGGGCUGUAGAGGUCUUGUUGAGCUCUUUGGGUUUGUGCUGUGCCAGACAAAUCCUUGUUCCUUGUAGCUGGAGGCAUUGAUGGGUCAGGGGAACAGGUAGUGCCCAGCCCCUCCUCCUGCCAGCAAACUGCCUGGAGUGUCAAACUCUGCCUGCCAAAAUUGAGGGCUUGGAGCUGUUGCGGUGGGGCUGAUGGAUGCUGUUGGCUCAGUCUCAAAGAUGCUCUGGAGCACUCCUGUAUGAAGAAUUUCUCUGCUGAUCGGGCAGGGAACCUGUUAAGCAUCUUGUUGUUGUUGUUGCCAUGCAGUGUGAAGUGAGAAUGUACAAAGGACUUUUCUAGCUUUCCUUACCUCAUUUUGUCCACAUGUUGCAUUUCGAUGAACAGAUGAUGUUUCUCUUUUCCUUAGAAAACUUUUAGGAUGUCUCGUGGUAUUUAUUAACAACCAGUCUUCUGCUCUCCCAAAUGAAUGUUUUGCUUACUGAGCCAGUGAAAUUCUCUCCUUCCUUACUGAGGUGUUGUAAAAUUCAGUAGCCCUGUCUCUAAAAUUGAGCCACAGGUAAAUACAAAAUACAGAUCAAAGCCUUUGCCAUCUGGAAUAUCAGCUUCUAUUCCUGCCUACUUUGGUCACAGUUCAUUUUGGUGUAACUCUGUUCCUCACCUGCAGAGACUCAGAGGGAAGCCCUGAGGUCUUGCGGGGGUUUUAAUUACCAAAGACCAGAGAGCUCCCAGCACGUGUUUCUGCCCAGCAGUUCUCACACAGAUUCCACACACAUGGAAAUUAAGCUGCACAUGGAAUACACUGCAGCCAGAAAGGGUUUUUUUUUCCCCUGGCUCUGCUGCAGAAGGGCUGUGGGCAGCUUUUUGCCAGAUUUGCCAUAGUCAGCACUCUAUGCAUGUUCUUACCAAGAGCCCACCAGUACAUGGGGGCUGUCCCUGGGCAGGGCCAUCUCCUGUGUGAGAUGGGGACACUCUCCUGUCCAAGAGGCUGCCUGGACAGCCUUUGUUGGGUCAGGCUCAACCCUCUGUGCUGAGAGAGCCAAAACAUCACCCAGAGCCUUUCCCAGCCACGUGGGAAUGGAGCUCAUGGACCUCACACAGAACCCUCAGUCUGGAGCCUUAAGCCCAGGCCAGGCACAGAGGUCUGGUUGAGCUGCAGAGUGAAGUCUCUAAAGGCACAAAUCAAACCCACACCAGUGCAGAAUUGGGCCUUUCCCCUCCCUGGCUGUCCCUAGGAGUCCUUGGUGCCACAAGUAAGGUGCCUGGUGGCUGUGUUGCAUGGAGGGAGAGACUGAAGUAGCUGAAGUAGCACAUCAGUGUUUAGCUGUGGCUAAUUUUAGAUCUUACCUGAAUGUACCAAACUUGCCUCAAAGCAUGGAGUCCCUCUUCACCAGAAACAGGAAGAAGAAGAAACAGAAGUAUUUGGGUUGGGAAAAAAAAAAAGGAAAGAAAAGAAAACUAUUUGUCUUCAAUUCAGUUUCUGUAAAUAGACAUUUGAGUGGCAAACCCACAUUUCCUCCCUUGUAGAUUUUCUGCCUCUGCUGUACAUAUUCAGCUGGCGUGGGUUGUGGGGACCAGACUGUACCGUGUUUCUGUUGUGUGCUGUAUGCAGAAGAUGUCUUACUUUUGUCUGUAGUGUUCUAUAAUUUGGGUUUUGUCUCUUUGCUUACUUUUUUUGUAUCUCACCCUUUGAAUAAAAUCAAGUGCCCUACAUUAAACAAA